UGUUCACUGACGUCAUCAUUCAGCGCCCAUUAAGCGGGACGCUUGCGGCAUUUGAACCAUCUGCAUCUGUAGCUGCACAAAACGCUAAUUUACACCCUAACUAACGUCUCAAUAGUAAAUAUAAAUUGUCGAUAUGAUCGAGAAGGAGGACCCGGUCAUCAGCGAGGAGGAAGCGGCACAGUACGAUCGACAGAUCCGAUUGUGGGGGCUUGAUGCCCAGAAGAGGUUGCGAGGGUCCCGUGUGCUCCUCGCAGGUUUAGGUGGUCUUGGAGCUGAAGUGGCCAAGAACUUGAUCUUGGCUGGAGUAAAAGGUCUUACCUUGCUGGAUCAUGAACAGGUGUCAGAGGAGUCAUGUCGAGCUCAGUUCCUGGUCCCAGUGACAGCUCAGGGUCAGAAUCGGGCCCAGGCCUCGCUGGAGCGGGCACAGAACCUGAACCCAAUGGUGGAGGUGCACGCUGACACAGACAAAAUUGAAGACAAACCAGACGACUUUUUCUUGCAGUUUGAUGCGGUGUGUCUGACAGGUUGCUCCAGAGACCUGAUCGUACGGGUUGACCAGCUCUGCUCUAAACACAACAUCAAGGUCUUCUGUGGAGAUGUCUAUGGUUACUAUGGAUAUAUGUUCUGCAACCUUGGACAGGAGUACAACUACGUAGAGGAGAAACCUAAAAUAGUGAAACCUACCGGUGAUUCUAAUGAUGGUCCUGAAGCAAAGAAAGCAAAAGUUGAUCCUAACGUGACCACCAUGGUGAAAAAGACGGCCAGUUUCUGUACUCUGAAGGAGUCUCUGGAGGUUGACUGGACCACUGAAAAGGCCAAAGCUGGUCUGAAGCGAACACCAGUGGACUACUUCUUGCUUCAUGUUCUGUUGAAGUUUCGCACAGACAAAGGCCGUGACCCGGCCCCGCAGUUCUUUGAAGAAGACAGUCUGCUGUUAAAGCAGAUCCGUGACGACGUUCUCGAAGCCUUGGCUCUGAGCAGUGACCUCCUUCAUGAGGACUUUAUCAGCUACUGUUUCUCAGAGAUGUCGCCAGUGUGCGCAGUCGUGGGAGGAGUUCUCGGACAGGAAGUUGUUAAGGCGCUCUCCCAAAGAGACGCUCCCCAUCGCAACUUCUUCUUCUUUGACGGCCGUAAAGGCAACGGCGUGGUUGACUACUUUGGACCAAACUGAACAUAUGUCAGGCGGCGCCUCCGCUCACGACGAUUUUAUACACAAACGCGAGUUCAGCAAACUUUUGGUCUGAUUGCCUCGUUAGGUUUUUGUUAUAUCAGUACCUGCUCCACUGAUCAUAAAACUCAGCUGUCAUCCGAUGCCAUCAAACAUGUCACAAGUAUUGUUGGAUGUUUUUUUUAUUAUUACAUUUGCUAUUAAAACAUUGUUUAAUACAAUUAAA